ACAAUUUAGUGCCUACAAUCAUAUUAGCUUGAGCAUAAUCGUACACACUCUUGUCUCCCAUUAGUCAUCCAUCAUCACCCUCCCGAUGAACUCAUCAACUUUAACUUUUCAGAACCCAUUGCUAUUACCCAAUAUCUUCUAUUCGAUUGGGGACUAUCUAAAGCGAUGGGACUAACGACGCUCUAUUCUCGUUUGCAAGGAAUGGCACAGAGUAUUUAUCCAUUUCUUGUGGAAAGAAAUUAAUCUUGAAAGAAAACUUCGAUUAACUGCACCAAUAUUGAGGAAAUACUCCAAAAUGAUCAAAAAAACCACCGUAACGAACACUCGCUUGUUGAAGGCGCCAGGAUCAACAAUUCUCAAGCUUUGUAAUAAUGUAGAAGAGUUCACAGGGGACAGUUACCAUCUAGACCAUUGGCAAAGUCAUGCUCAAGCGCUUAUCAACUUUUUUGUGCAAAACACCAAACUUCAAUCUGUAACCUUUUGCAGAAUGCCUGGGAACAAGCACAAAUGUAUCAAUAUGGAAUGCUUGCUUUCGUUCAGUUUUGAUGCCAUAACAGCCUCUGAUAUUGUUGAUGGUCUUGAUAACGGGAAACCAUGGGUUUGUGAAAGACUGCAGGCUUUUAAAGCAAACAUCACUGGAUUGCCAACAAUCAUGGACAUUGUAGACAAGAGCGACGAAUGCUACAGCGUUAUGCGAUCAAUGCAUCUAAAAGUGUUUGAGCAACUCUCGGCUCUGGUGAAAUUAGAAACUUUGGACCUUUCGUAUCCUCCUCAAUAUCAUGGAUCUACUUUCCGAUACGUUAAUCAGACCGACGGAGUAUGGUUCUCACUCGAAGCAGGACUUGAAAAGUUGGAAUCAUUAAACCAAUUGGAAACACUCGCCACCCACCGUGUCAAUCAAAAGAUGACAGUAGAGGAUGGCCGUUGGAUGUCGCAUCAUUGGUCGGACAAGUUCACACUUUAUGUGGAAGACCAUCUAGGGUGUAAUUAUCAAGGUGAAGACUGUGAUACCUCUGAGCAAAUUCGGAAUUUCGUGCGAGUAAAAUGCUCCGAUUAG